GCGGCGCUGGCAGUAGAUGAACACGUUUUUAGGUGUACUGAAUAGAUGAUUAGUCAUGGGUCCAGUUCCAGCUGUUAAAGUUAACGAAGAUUCCGAAACUUUAUCGAAAUCAGCGGAGGGAAAAAAUGUUCAAUCCUCUAGUUACAAUUAUUCACAGGGUGAAACAGGAAAUGGAAUUAAUGCGAUUUUGUUGGGGCCACCGGGCGCAGGAAAAGGCACUCAAGCUCCAAUGCUGAAAGAGAAAUACUCUGUAUGCCACCUUUCAACAGGAGACAUGCUGCGAGCAGAAGUAGCCUCGGGCUCAGAGCUAGGUCAUACACUUAAGAAAACAAUGGAUCAAGGCAAGCUUGUUGGUGACAACUUGGUUGUUGACUUAAUUGACAAAAAUCUUGAGAAACCUGAAUGUAAAAAUGGAUUCUUACUGGAUGGAUUUCCUCGUACUGUUAUACAGGCACAGAAGCUUGAUGAGCUUCUAGAUAAACGUAAAAAGAAACUUGACGCUGUUAUUGAGUUUGGAAUUAAUGAAUCACAACUGGUACGUCGAAUAACAGGAAGGCUUUUGCACCCUACUAGUGGACGAACAUACCAUGAAGAGUUCAAUCCACCUAAGAAGCAUAUGACAGAUGAUAUUACUGGAGAGCCUUUAAUUCGGCGAUCAGAUGACAAACCAGAGGCUCUGAGGAAGAGGAUGGAAUCUUACUAUCAGCAGACACAGCCUUUAGUUCAGUAUUACCAAAAGCAAGGUCUUCACACACAAAUUGAUGCUACAUUGAAACCUGAUGUAGUAUUUGCCAGUAUUCAGGCAAUCUUUUCAAAGGCUAAAAGCAAAGAUCUGGUCUACUUUGUUCAGUAAUCAUGUGUUACAGCAUUAUGGCACAACUUCAGACAAAAAUUUAAAAAUCACUUUCAAAUUUUAUAAUUUUCACACAUUUUUUUCCCAAAAUUAUGAAGAAAAAAGGUAAUAUUUUUCACUAAAUUAAUGCCCUGAUAUACUGUUGAUUUUCUAUUUGCCUCAAAUCAAACAAAAUAUUAUCAAAAGAGGUAGUAAUAUUUAAUAAGAUACAUUAAAAUUAAAAGUUGUAUAAAUAUUUAGUAAAUUAUUUCAGACAGAAUGUAUAGUAAGAAUUCAAUAUUAAUAAAACUCUGUAUCCCAAUUAAUUAUAUACUGUACAAUGUACCACUAGUAGACUUGAUGUUGGCCUUUUGUGUGCCAUGAUUGUUUUUUAAGCAGAACACAUAAACAUAUUUUAUUUCACUUCAUUGUUUUUAUGGUGUUAGUUGUGACAUGAAAAAAAAUUUUAAUUUGCAGUGAUAAGUGAUUUUUCUUCAUUCUUAUAUACUGAUGAGUUUUCUUUACCUGCCUUUAUUUUGUAUUCUUCAGUCUUUAAUGAUAUUAACUUCAUCAUACUUAAGAAACUACCUGUGAAAAAGUGAAUUUAGUACUACAGCUUUGAUAUAGUAACAUUUAUAUCUACUAGUUUAACAUCAAUACCUUGAUCCUGGUUUAAAUGCUUUUUUGAAAACAUAGGUGAAAAAAAAGUAAUGUCAUAACUAUUCUACAUUGAUCUAAAUAACAAGGAUUAAAAAAUAAGUCAUGUACAGUGUAAGUAAAAACAUUGUUUUUUUGUGAAAGUUUAAGUGAUUGACAAAUCUAUGACUAAGAAAUUAACAACAGUUGAUGGCUGUAACUCACAGUUUUGUACUUUGUGUUUGGCAGUGACUUGUAUAUUAACUGGUUCAUUCUUUCGUAAAUUGUGAAAGUACUUGUGUUAUGAAAACUGAAUUACAAAAUGCAUAACAUUAGCAUACUUAGUCAUACUUUCACAAAGGUAAAGUUGUAACUGCCUAUCCCCUCAGGAAUUUGGACUAUUAAAGAUUGAAAGAUGAACAUAUUAUCUAAUGUACUCUUAAUUUCUGCAAUAUUUUCUUUAAAGAUUAACACAUCAGUUCAAGUGUGUUGUAAGAAAACUUAUAUGUUGGUAUAUGUUUACAAUACCUGUUAAUUUACACAAAAUCAUAAAGGGAAAAUAUUUUUCAUAGUUUUUGGCUUUUACCUAAGUAUUGAAAUCUAUUUUAAUAAUGAUAAAAAACUUAGACCUUCAUUUAAGGAUUUUGUCACUGAAAUGUGCAUUUUUAAUACCUAAAUAGGGUGAAUGUAAUUUAAAAUUAAGUUUUUAUGUAGCUUUCUGUUGACAUAAAUGUAUUUAAACAUUUAGAAAAAAUACUGAAAAGUAAAUGGUUUUAUUUAGAAAUACUUCAAUUAGUAAUAAAUACUCUUACGUAGAAGACAGCUACAAAGAUUAGAAAUGAAAUAUUAUUGAAAGCCUUUUAAAAUGUAUAUGUUGAUACUACUAUAUGAGCUUAUCUGGGGUCACCUAUAUACAGUACACCAGUUCAAGUAAAUUUGCAGUGUGAAUGCCAUCUAAGAGUUUCCAGUUACCACACCAAAAUUACUGUAAUCGAGCCAGCCAACUGUGGGUGAUGUAAGCCAAGAGUCUUUAUAAAGUGGAAAUGUGCUCUUUCAGGGGCUUUUUUUUUCCCUAUUCUCAGGCAAAAUUUCUAAGACAAAACAGCCAAAGUAGAUCAUUGUACAGUUUCCAGUUACUGUACCAAAAAUUAUGGUAAUUGAGCCAGUCAACUCUGGGUGAUUGAUGCUAACACACAGACAUGCACAUAAUGGAUCAUCUUUAUAGUAAGGUGACUUAUAAAUGAUAGCCUGUAUGUAUCAUUGGAUGUCUACAGCCACAGAUACUCUUUUAUCAGAGACUGAAAUCUCGAACCACCCACACCUUUUGAAGAAAGACAACUAAGGAUAUAAAAUCUGUUCAACGUGUGGAAAUUCACACGUUGGUCAAGUAUGCAAGUAGCUAUGAAACUUGAAAUAGUGUGAGCAUAAGCUACAUCAGGCUAUAUAAUCAGUACAACUCUUCCAACCAUAUUCCCUGACCCAUCUUUUGCAACAAUUUUUUGUCUUGUGCUUUUCUAGGAUUUUAUCAAAUGUCAGUGAAAAAGUGUAGAGGAAUUAGUUAUAAUGAAACACAAAAGAAGUCAAGGUGUGAUAUGUAGAGACAGCAUGUUUUACUACAAUUCACCUAAUCUGUAUCCUGAAGUAAAGUUGAUUGUGCAAAAUGGUGAGAAGAAAAGAUUGCAAAACUAUUCUGUCUAACACUUCAGAAAAUUUGGACUUUGAUAUAAAACAAACAUAGUUGUGAUGUUUAGAUUAAUAUCUUUUAAGAAAUAAUAUUUUAUUAAAACUGAAGUGUGGCAGCUACUUUUAAAUUUACACAACAUACACUGAAAAUGUGUCGUUAUUUCCAAAAAAUAUAGUCUUCAAAGUAAUAAAAGCAAAUUUCUCAUCAACCUUUCAGCUUCCCACCCUCAUUAGGGUAAGGUUGCAUCCAAUACAGUGAGGUUGUAAUAAGAUGUAAACUUGCACUGAAAUUUACUAUCCGUAUUUAGACCAUACAGUGUGUUUGGCUAAGUUUUUUCAUGGUGUAUGUCAGAUGUUGCAGUAUUUUCUGAUGUAGGAGGAGAGAACAAAGCUGCAUAGAAGGUAUGUAUGCCAAACAAAUUAAUUAUUAAAAAAAGAUGGAGAAUUGUUUGAAAAAUAAAAAGGACUUAGUUACUGAAAAAUUGCAGAACAAGCCUUUAAAUAGAGCUAACAACAUAGAACAUAUGUUAGGUCGCAAAGAAGUAUUAUUUGUGUGAGUGGGAAUAAAAGCCAUUUAUUUCCUCCUCAUACUUAUAACUGUAUAGUACUGCUUAUAGUUUUAUGUAAAACUGUAAUGUGUUUGUUUUACAUGCACAUAUAUUCUAGUUAUUCAAAGUACUAAUAUAUCCUCUAGGAUUAGAAUGUAAAUAAGUCACAGUACAAAUAAACUGAGGGUUUUGUAGUUGACAGACCUUCCUUACUUAGGAUUGAAUUGGGAAUAAACAUGGAAAUUGUAAAAAAUAUGUCAUCUUCAGUGACAUCAUAAGUAUCUGACAAUGUGGAAGUGUUUAGGUAGGAUUGAGAGAAAGAUUGUUCAACAUUUACAAUCUUGAAAUCAUUUUACAUGCUAUGCAUGCACAUCCAGUAAUCAUACCUUUUGUCUGGAACUACACUGAUUAAAACCCCUGCACCUCCUCGUUGCAAUUUUGUUCAAUUUUUGGGAGGUUACAUAUCAUGAUUUUCUGACACUAAGUUUCCUAUUUUAUGAUAAAAACAUGCAAGACACAAAAGUUGAUAUUUCAAAAAAAAAGGAAUGUUUUUAGUGUUGAGCUGUAUUGAUAAAUCAAAGAAAAGUGUGAUUUCAGUAGGGAGAAAGCAGACUAUUUUAUGACUGGCUACCAGUUAUACACCAGGUAUAGUGAAGAAAGUGAAACACCUUUUAAACAGAAGGAACCUAAGAAUACAGCAGUUCACUGCAGCUAAAAUGGGAACCUCUCUUAGAACUUCAAACAAUAUAAUUUACAUGUAUUGAUGUCUGUAAAAAAGUGACAAAGAGUCCAGGUUAAAUGGAAUAACUGUCAAGAGUAGCAUUUUAUAGAUGGAAACAUCACAUUGAAUGGAGCAUUUACAUACUUAAAUAUAUGCAAAAUUCUGGGCAAUUUAUUGUCAUCCUGCUAGUGCUGCAGCAUUUUAAAAAAAUUGUACAGAGUUUGUCAAGAAAAGUUUUCCAAGGGAUUUAUUGUGAUUGAAAGUUAAAGCUGUAGUAUUAAGCUUAACAUGUGGGAAAAUCAAGAAAAUGUCAAAGCAAAAUCUGCUUGUUAUCAAACUAAACCUUAAUCCACUAUACCUUGAGGGAAUGCAAUCUUUGAAUGGCUUGGAUAUCAAUAAGACACAGUUCCAUUAAACAAAGCAUACAAUCACAUAUUUAUAUGAAUAUUCCAGUUAUUCUGCAAGAUGCAAACACAAAUGGUAAUUUGUAAUUCCAUUUACAAACAUUCCUAUGAACUUCUGCUCGUUUGGAUUGCUCAAAUGGAAAUUGUCCACACAUGAUUGAUGGACUUUUUAAAGCAGGGAGACAACAUUGACCUCAAUGUAUUAUGCAAGAGCUUCCAGUAGUGGAAAUUAAGCUGCAGAGUAAUACAAUGCCCGUUAUGUAGAGCACUGUUGGUGGUGGAAAAAGGGGCUGUAAGGCAUGUACACUCAGUUUUGUGCUGUUGUUGUAAUCAAGGACACCCUGUGUGUAAGAUUAACAAAAAUAAGUUAAACCCAAAGCCAGAAAUAACACUACAACGUUAUAUAUAAUGUAGUAUUCAAAUUAAAAAGUUCUUAAUAUUAAAAAUCAAUAAAUAACAUUAUAUAUAUAGUUUGAAAUUUGUCUUACCUCUAAAAAUACAUGGCACAGGAAAAGCACAAACUUCAGUAUAUUUUCCCAUGUGCACUUAUAAGCUAUCAUCAAAAGAAAUAAUAAUAAUAUGAAAUGUAGAGGGCAUCUUUUAUAAAAGGCCAUUUUAAAAUAAAAUAAUGUGAGUGUUUAAAUAAGUAAAAAAAUAUCAAACUGUUUUGAAGAAAUUAAGGCUUCAUUAUCAGGUUAUAAUAUAUUAAUAUCUUUAAAAAUUAUUUUUUACCUUUUGUAGUUAAUUUCAACAUAAUUUUUGAAAUAUUUUAGUGAGUAAAGUAAACUGGAAGGCUUGAAACUACAUAUAAUUGAAAACUGUUUUAUGUAUGUAUGUUUACCAAGCUGCAAUAAAUGUGUCAAAGAAAAGUU